CAAAUCGUGGAUGAACACCGAGAAAUGUUUCUCCAACUUCACAAAUGAUUUUUGUUGUUCAUUAAUAAACAAACAUAAUGAAUUAAACUAAACAAUCUGGUAAUUAUGGACUUGGAUUCAGUUUGCACCGAUUUAAAUGCAGUAACACGCGCCUUGGCAAAGUUAGUUUAUGCGGAUUUACUAAAUGAUGAACGGUUGAUCGACAUUCAACCACAAUUUGAGCGCAGUCUCAAUUUGUUUUAUUUGAGCGCACAAAAGGAGGAGGACAAUCAACAGGUUGCCUAUAUUCCCCUACCACACUCCAAGGACAUAGACUUUAAACAAAUUAACGGUCUACAAAAGUUGCUGCCAAACAGUCUAAUCUUUAUGGCCAUUGCAGACAAUACAGGCAAUAUAUUGUAUUACCAAAUCACAGAAGGUUUCAACGAAAAGUAAAUAUUAAGCUAAGAAAACUUUUU